UCCCCUCCAUCCCUCCAGCCCGGUGUCCCCGGUGUCCCCCUUUGCCCCCAGUGUCCCCGUGUCCCCCCUGCUCCCCUGUGCCCCCAGUGUCCCCCGGUGUGCCCGCGGCGAUGCCGGAGGCCGUUCACUACAUCCACCUGCAGAACUUCAGCCGCUCGCUGCUGGAGACGCUCAACGGGCAGCGGGUGGCGGGGCAGUUCUGCGACGUCACCGUGCGCAUCCGCGAGGCCUCGCUGCGCGCCCACCGCUGCGUCCUGGCCGCGGGCAGCCCCUUCUUCCAUGACAAGCUGCUGCUGGGCCACUCGGCCAUCGAGGUGCCGCCCGUGGUGCCCUCGGCGGCCGUGCGGCAGCUGGUGGAGUUCCUGUACAGCGGCAGCCUGGUGGUGGCACAGUCGGAGGCGCUGCACAUCCUCACCGCGGCCUCGGUGCUGCAGAUCAAGACGGUCAUCGACGAGUGCACCCAGAUCAUCUCGCAGAGCCGCGGCCCCGCCGUGAUGCCCCCGGCCCAGAAACUGCCGCCAGGGCCGCCGGCGGAGCUGGAGAACUUCUCGGAGCCGUUGCCGAGCGGCCACAGCCGGAAGCAGCGGCAGCCACUGCGCCUCGCGCCGACGCUCAAGGAGGAGGAGGAGGCGGAGGAGGAAGAGGAAGAUGAGGACGGCGGUGCCCAGGAGGGUGUUGUCCCGCCCGGCGCGGCCCUCCCGGCUUUCCCGGCGCCAGACCCACCGUUUUUCGGUGCCCCCGAGGCAUUCCCGGACACGUUCCUGGCGCCCUGGGCCGGCGACGACGGCGGCGCCGCGUUCGGGGCCGAGCGCGGGCGGGAGGCACCGUGCGGGGAUGGGUUUGGGUUUGGGGCGCCCCCGGCAUUGCCGCCACCCUACGAGGGUGGGACGGAGGCAGGGGGAGCCCCCCCAGUGCCCACGGUGCCCCCAGUGGGGCCCCUGCGUGGCCCCCAGCCCCCCUACCAGUGUGGGCACUGCCAGAAGAGCUUCAGCUCCCGUAAGAACUACACCAAGCACAUGUUCAUCCACUCGGGUGAGAAGCCCCACCAGUGCUCCAUCUGCUGGCGCUCCUUCUCGCUCCGGGACUACCUGCUGAAGCACAUGGUGACCCACACGGGCGUCCGCGCCUUCCAGUGCGGCGUCUGCUGCAAACGCUUCACCCAGAAGAGCUCCCUCAACGUCCACAUGCGAACCCACCGCCCCGAGCGCUUCCAGUGCCGCCUCUGCACCAAGGGCUUCUCCCACCGCACCCUCCUGGAGCGCCACGCCGCCGCCUCUCACCCCGGGCCCCCGCCGGGGCCCCCGCCGGGGCCGCCACCGCUGCCGCCGGAAGCCGGAAUGGCCGCGUGGCCGGGGACUGAUGCCGCGGGCGCCGGCCCCGCUCACACGGCGUGAGGGGGCACCGGGGGGGUCUCUGCCCCCCGAACUCCUCAAAGGUGGAUUUUGGGGCUCCAGGCCCGUUUGAGGUGAAACCUGGAGGAAGCCGAGCCACGGGGACGUUCCCAGGGACAGGAGAAGGGGAACAGAACAGGGGAAUCGGGAACACCCGGCAGGAGCACGGAGCAAAUCCUCCUGGAAGCUGGGCAGGUGGGACACCAGGAGGUGGUUGGUGAUGGCCUCGGUGGAGCUCAGGGGCUCUUCGGGUGGUGAUGACAUCAUCAACCUGGACUUGUACAAAGCACCUGAGGUGGAUCCCUAGGAAAUCCUGGAACUGAGCUGGAGAGACAGGGAUUGGAUGGAUGGGCCGCGCCCUGAGGCCAGAGGAGAUGCUCCAGGGGCUGGAGAGAGUUGGGGUGUCCCACUUGGAGAAGGGAAGGAUCUGGA